GGCUAUUUAUGUUGACAGACUGCAUUACACCGACCAACUACACAACAGAUAGCCCAUUUACCCUCCAUAUUGAUCAACCAACAGCUUUAUUCAGGCAACUGUUGACGAGGCUUGAAGGCCGAAUGGCUGAGGUGACUGAUCUGCUCCUUGAUUGGUCGAGUGUACCCUCUGACAAUGAUGGGGUGUACCACAUCUAGCCACUCCCCUCGACAUCUCAACGGACGAAAUAUCAAAAUUAACAUUUAAAGACCCAGGUGUUGUGUUGUGUUGUCCGUAAUUUGUGUCAGCAUUAAUUGAACCAACCAGCAUAAACGAUUACAGUGACAUCAUCAGCUACCGAAAAGGCAGUGAAAGUUUGCACGGCUCGCGGCAGUCACUGGCCAACGUGAAGGAAGUCACGCCUGCAAAUAACGAGAUUAAAACCGAAGAGAACAGCAACAAUUGUUCGAAAGAGGCAUCAUGACCACAGAGUUAGCAGAGAGCUCCAGAGAUGUGAUUGAUGUCAUGAUCAGCUACAACCCUGCUGACGUGGAGCAUGUGAGGCAUUUAGCAGGAGCCCUAAGAGCAGAAGGCCUGUCAGUGUGGUUCUCAGACAUGGACAACCCAAACCUUGGGGAUACAGGCCAGGCCGUUUCACAGUGCAAGGUAUUUGUACUGGUGCUCAGUGAGAAAUCUGCCUGUGACCCCCAGUGUAAAGAUGAACUUGCCCUGGCUUACAUCACAGACUCCUCCAUUUUCCCUGUGGGGCUGCAAAGAUUCAGGGAUCUGGGCCCGCUGCUGGACUGUGGAAUGAAACUGAUGUUGGCCAAAAUCAAUUGGACUUUUUUCGUUAAACCUGAAGAUUUUGAGAAGAAUUUUCCUGGUUUGUUGUCUGGCAUCCAGAAUGGCAUUGAGUCAUCUGGAGACAAAAGUUUUCCUAUAGAUGAAGACAAUCCAUUCCAAUUCCUGAACUCUUUGUCGCAUGUAACUGUUGAAGAGACAGAUGAAAACCUGCAGGAUUUUUGGCCAAGAAACUUUGGCGAUAAAAGAGAGGUUUCAUGGGUGAAUUUUAAAAACGCUUUUGUGAAGGAUUAUGGAGAAGAAAUAGAGGAAAGUUACACAGAGGAGAAUCUUAACCAACGCUUUUUUGUCAAUGUAAUUUACAAAGACAUUUUUGAUCUGAGAAAAGAGAUAAAGCGGGACAUGUACGACCAAUUCUGUGAUGGAAAUCCACAGGGUGACCCUCACUGCUUUUACUCCCGCCUACAAGAGUAUGCUCGGGGUCUGUAUGCUAUGAAAGAGGUGUUUAAUAUGGACAGUACUCUCAGGCUUACAGUGGUCCAAAAUUUAGGUAAAUUCUCCACCCCAGCAGUGGUGGCUCGGCUGUUAGAAAUGAUGUCUGAUCAAGAUCCAAACAUCCGGGCUGUUACCGCCAUAGCAUUGGCCAGAUCAAAUGCCCGGUCUAAGAAGAGCCUAUCCAAACUGAUGAAGGCCCUGGAGGAUGAGGAUAGGCUGGUCAGGGAGAGUGCAUGUUUCGCUCUAGGAUUUCUACAGGCGGCCUCAGCUGUAGAGGCCAUUGCAGACAGAUGGCGUAAUGACCCAAUUUCUCAUGUGAGAACAGCAGCCUCAGAGGCCCUGAAGAUGAUGGAUAACGAGGAGGCCAGGAAGUGUGUUCACAUGACUGAAGUUCUCACAGGGGAAAUGCAGUCCUUGAGAACAGAGGAGAGCAAGUGAUGAAAAGAAGUUUAGGGGUCGGGGAGGAAAGGUAGAAAACAAGAAAGACAGGCAGUGAAAUUUGUACAGAGGAGAGCAAGUGGGAACAUGAAUGAGGUGAGAAAGAGAAGGGAGGAUAACAAGAAGGUGUUCCAGUUGCAGUGAAUUUUGUACAGAGGAGAGCAAGUGGGAACAGGAAUGAUUUGAGAAAGAGAAGGGAGAAUAACAAGAAGGCGUUUGACUGGUAGUGAAUUUAGAACAGAGGAGGGCAAGUGGGAACAUGAAUGAGGUGAGAAAGAGAAGGGAGGAUAACAAGAAGGUGUUCCAGUUGCAGUGAAUUUUGUACAGAGGAGGGCAAGUGGGAACAGGAAUGAGGUGAGAAAGAGAAGGGAGGAUAACAAGAAGGCAUUUGACUGGUAGUGAAUUUAGAACAUAGUACUGUAGGGCAAGUGGAAGGUGAAAGAGAUGGGUAGAAUGGAGAGAAAUGGGAUGACAAUGGAUUUACUAAGUGAAACAAAAACUAAGGAAGACAAGUGAGAACAUGAAUAUAGAAACGGAAAAGAGGGAGGAAAGACAUUUGAGAAGCAGAGUGAAUUACCCUAAUUCCCCAACUUUUUCACAUAAAAAAGAGCAACUUUCAGUGCAUUUUAUGCACAUUUUUAAUAUGAUUUUGGAGACAAAACUACAUUGGUUGUAUUGACCAAUUUCAGGGCUUCAAAGCAAGUAUAAUUUUAUCAGUCCCCUCAGACAAUGCCAUCAGAAUAUGCUUACAUACACACCAUGCAAACAUGGGAAAAUUUUUAAGAAUUACAGUGACCGUCAGAACAGAAAAGAGAAUAUACAUGAAGGGGAUUAAAGAGAAAACAUGCCAAAACAAAAUGGAAACAAACACAAUUAUUUCAUAAUAGAACAACUGAGAGGGCAUUUGCAGUGAAUUGAAAAUAGAUGUAGAAUGAAUUGAGAGCAAAGUAUUAAAGAGAACACCAGAAAUUGAUAGCAUGGAUCAGUGAAUGACUUAGAGCUUAAAUUGAGGACAAUAUUUAGGUAUUGUAUUGUUAGUUUUGUCAUACUGGACACAAAUCAUCUUGAUGAAUAGCGGUGACUAAACCAUGAAUGACAGUAUUGAUAUUUUUAGGAAAAACCAAGAUCUAUAAAAACCAUUUGUCACAAGUUCAUAUAUGUAUGCUGUAUAUUAUAAAACAGUUCAACAAGAUUGGGACCAAAGAUAAAUAUAAAGAAUAUACAUUUCAGCUGAUCUGAAUGGUUGCUGUUUUAUACUGUAAACGUGUUUAAUUGACAUUGAAUUUGAACUCUGAUCGAUGCAUCUGAAUAGGACAUAAUUAAUACAUGUACAGGUAGAUGUGAUUUACUUGUAGUAGUAGCGUGUUGUGGCAGGAAGUGUGAGUGGAGAAGAGAGAGAGAGAGGGAAUAUAGAGAGGGUGCAUCUCGCCAUUCCUUCUAUGAGAAUUUACAAUGCCCUUCAGUAGUUGUUCCAAAGUAAUGCUGCCUCUCAUGUGGAACAAUCUACUGAUGUCAUGGUUUUUUGGAUGUUUUUCAUAUCUGAACUAAUUGUCGCUCUGAAACAAUGGGUACAUAGGCACCUGUCUGGGGGUAGCGAAAGGAAUUUGAUGAAACUUAUUUGUUCAUUAUUAAUGUGUAUUUUAUAAGAUAUUUUUUGCUGAACUGUGCGUAGAAAACCCACUAAGGUUACCUGAGUGCUUGUGAUGUAGGUUGACCUAGAUAAAUUCUCUACCAAAUAUAUCAUUAUAUUUCACUCUCACUCUCACAUUUUAAACUGUGUCCUCCAAUUUGCUCAAGUUCAUGUAUGAAACCUUAUCAGCAAAAUUCUCCAGAUGCUCAUGUAAUUAUUGAUAUUUUGUCUACUAUCUAAAGGUACUAUAAUAUGAGUUGACUGGGCCCAUACAUGAACAUUUGUAUAUCAUGGAAAGUGUUGUAUUUGUUUUUUUCCACUUGUAUUUUCUACCUUUAAGAAGUUUUCUCCAGUGUAGUGUACAAACAUCUCUUUUUCUAUUUUUCUUCAAUGUACCAUGACAGUUUUUUUUUUUUUAAAUAUGAGUCAUCUGUUGUGUACAUUGUUUCCUGCUGUUUAGAUUUGCAUUGAAAUUGUGUAAUGGUUGUGAAAAUCAUUUUGCUGCAUGUACAUAGCUAAGGUCAUUCAGCCAUUCUGACCAAAGCUGACAUGAUCUCUUUACUUUGAAAUCCAGAUCUUAAUAGCACUCUACUGUAGCUAUGGAGAUAUUUGUUGAUGGAAUCCCCUUAAAGCAGAACAAUCCACUGAAUUCUGGGGCAGUAGGCUUUUCUACACACAAUUACCAUAUAAUAUCAGGCGGUAUGUGAUGACAUGUAUCAAUGAAAGCUGUUUAUUGUUUGCUUAUACUACAUAUUGCUGUAGCUAGUGGUAAUUUCUUUUUAGCCCAGUGGGUAGAGUGCUAAAUACUGAUCAGGAGGUCUAGGUUACUGUAAAUUUCCAACCAUUUCGACCACUAAAGCACUUAAUUUCAGUGGAAGUUAAGCUUACAAGUUAUUAUCUAAAUGAUGCGAAAAUGUUUUGUUUGGGUCAUUAAACAUCCAAUCAUUGCAAAAAUGUGCAAAUUAGUUCUCUACACCCCAUAGCUCUCUCACAGUUUUUCAAAAUAUUGGUGGCAGAGGUGGUUCAAAAAGGUUGAACAAUUAGGGUAAUCGCUAUCCACACAGCAAAUCCUUCAACCAUUUUAACUGUGUGUCAUUUUUCGUUUUCGUUUUUAUAUGUCAUCAUAGUGACAUAUCUGGCUCACGACAAAAACCAGGGAUGUAGCUACAUAUAAGAAGAUACAGCAGAACAAGCACAUCACCCCAUUGUUUAUAGGCCAUGGUUUACUUGCUUGGCUUAGAUAGGUGAUUCACCGGAACCCUCAGUAAAAUGGCCCAGGAGUUAUUUAGUUCAAAUGGGAUGUCUCAGAACACACAGAUUUUGUAGAAAAAAAUGCUGAAAAAAAACAAAACAAAACAGGAAUUCUGUUGGUCUUUAUAUUGUAAGAAAGGAUUUACAUCUACCUGACCCAUGAAGGUUAAACACACCUACAAAUGCCCGUUCACAAGAAUCGGUUGAUAUGCUUGUCCAAUUUCCUCGGGCAACGUGAAUGUAUCAUUUGCUGGGUAUGCAGGUGAUAAUUUUGUGUAUUUGGAAGAAAGAAAUUUGGCCACUGAUAGAUCUAUUUGUGAAGUGUUUGGAGAAACAAGUGUCUGUUUGGAAUGUGGAAGUACCUGGUGAGGUAAUGUGGGAGAACUGUUGACUGUGGAAAAUGCAUCAGCUUACCGCCAUGAGAAAUGGUAAUGUUGGUGACUCAGGCUUAAUACUAAUCUUUUGUAUCACUGGCACCACUUAAUUUCCAGAUUACUGGUUUUUCCACAGUGAAAUAUUUUCUUAUAAUAUGUAUAGAUUUUACUUCUACAGAAUGUAGUUUUGCUACGUGAAAAAAGUGGUGAAGGCAUAAGGUGCAUAGUUUGUUAGACAUUCAUUAAACCUAUUUAUUUAAAUCAGCCUCUAGGGCGCAUGGGAUAUUACAUGUAGCUGCAACAAGCCACUCCUUAAAUCGCUCUGGUUUGGUUGGUCAUUAAAAUUUUGGACACCUUAUCUUUUAACAUAUGUAACAUGGGUCCUGUGUGUAAGAUGUCAUCGACUAUUUUAGGGAUUUAGCAGCGGCAUGGACUGUGCAUUUGUGCUUGUUAAUAUUAACUCGAAGUUCCAUGUAACCGUCAUAAGUUGUACUAUAUGUGUUUGUUUGCAACAAGGUUUAUGGAGAGUUGUUUACUGGUCUGGCAUAGGAAUGUACAUGGUGCACAGUGGUGACAAUUAUAUCAAAAUGUAUCUGUGGCUUGCAUAAACUGCAAGGGGCUUUGGAGUGCUACCUCUUAUUUACAAGCACACACAUUCGUCAAAGUAACGGCAAUGUUUUUAAACCUGUGUCUGAGUAUCACGAAGUUGUGUAAAGCAGAAGUUGCCCUUUAAAAUAAUAAGAGUUUUGAUAU